AUGGAAAGCGAUGAAAGUGAUAGUGAUUACGAUGUAGAGGACUCGGAUUUAACAAAUAAUAGUGACGGUGAAGAAGAUAAUAUUCAGACUAAUAACCCAACAAAUAUGGAUGGACAUAUUCCUAAUAUAAUGGAGGGUUCGUACUUGAAAGUGAAUAACAUAAGUAAUCAAAUAUUGGCAAUGUAUAGAUAUCAUGUUAGCUACAAGAAGGCUUGGUUGGCAAAACAAAAGACAAUAUCGGAGGUGUAUGGCGAUUGGACGACCUCUUAUUCUAAACUUCCUAAAUUUUUAAGUGCUUUGAUGCAUUUUAAUCCAGGCACGAGUGUUUUGAGUGAAGUUGUGGUCGAUGUUACAAAACUCCACACGUCGGUGUUUAAGCGUGUAUGGUGGGUAUUCAAACCGAUAGUUAAUGGGUGGAAACAUGCUCGGCCAGUUAUCAAUAUUGAUGGUACAUUCUUGAAAGGAAGGUAUAACGGGAAAUUAUUAAUUUCAAUGGGAUCUGAUUACAAUAACCAUCAAUAUCCACUUGCUUAUGCUAUAGUCAAUGAAGAAACAACUGCUAAUUGGUCAUGGUUUUUAUGUCGCCUUUACCGUCAUGCUGGAAUCAUUGAAGCAAUGAAGAAAGAACAAAAUGGCUUCAUUAAAGACAUAAGUAUACAUCGUUUUUGUCUCUACCAUGUCCGUAGUAAUUUUAGUUCAGCUUAUUUUGGAUCACAUUGGAAGAUGUUAUGCUGGGUGGCCAGAAAUAAUAGUCAAUUGAGAAAAUUCGAAGAUGCGUUGAGACAAAUCAAAGAGAGCUUAAUCCCGAUGCUGAAAAAUUGGUUACGAGAUAUUCCAUUAGAGAUGUGGACUAUGUCUCACGAUGGAGGAUAUCGUUACGGUCAAGCAACAAUAAAUAUGGUCAAAAGUUUCAAUGAUAUCUUAAGGUCUGCUCGUUUUCUUCUGAUCACGUCAAUGGUUGAAUAUUUAUAUUAUCGCUCUGUAAAACUUGUUGCAGAAAGGCGUACUCAAACUUUGAAUUAUCUUCAAAAUGGACAUACUUAUUUCAAUGUGUCAAGAAAAAUAUUUGAAAAUAUCGAAAGCAAGGCAUCAGCACACAGUUAUUCCAUAUAA